CUACAUCAGACAAGAAGCGAGAACAUUCGCAAAAUUCCUUGAGAAUACAGUGAUCUCCAACAAGAUGGUGGACCAUAAAGAAAUACUACGACCAACGUAUAGUUUGGAUGAUAUCCCAUCCUUAACUGGUAAAGUCGCCCUUGUCACAGGAGCCAAGUAAGUAUCCGAGCACCUCCAGCUGCAUCACAACUCACAGCUUUCGAGCACUCCAGAUGGUGUCGGCUAUCACAUCGCACAUCAACUCGCACUCAAGGGGGCAAAAGUCUACAUCGGCGCUCGCAAUCUCCAAAAAGCAACAAAAGCCAUCAGAACCAUGCUUGCCGAGUCACCACAGCUAAAACCCGAAUCUCUCGUUCCAUUUGCCGUCGAUAUGGGAAAUUUCAAACAAGUGCAAUUUGCUGCAAGAAAAGUUGUUGCAGAAGAGCCCCGUCUUGACAUAUUGGUCAAUAACGCCGCUGUUCUCGCUAGACCUCUUGAUAAAGACGGCAAUGGCAUCUCAGUCUCAUUUGGUAUUAAUCAUCUGGGCCCUUUUCUUCUGACUAGGGAGUUAUUACCGCUGCUCAACAAAACCCAGGCUGAACAUCCUGGUGUGCGGAUUGUGAAUGUUGCUUCGGCGGCUCACUAUGAUGUUCCGACGGGUGCAAAAUUUGGUUCGCUAGAAGACUUCAAUACUACUUACGGGAGCGAGGACGAACCAUUCGCUAAUUAUCUUCGAUACGGUUACUCCAAACUCGCAACUAUUCUUCAUACUAAAGAACUUCAGCGUCGUUUCGACCAGCAAGGUAUUGAUAUUCUUGCACUCAGUGUUCAUCCAGGAGGAGUUGCAACAAAUGGAGCGGCAGGAUAUCUUGGAGUUAGAGACAACGACGCAUUCCGAUCGAACCUCUCACCUUUUGAAGGUGCUAUCACCCCUCUGUUUGCUGCUGCUCACCCGGAACCAGCUCAACAAAGAGACAAGUAUGCUGGGUCUUUUAUCAUGCCAUUUGGUGGGCUGAAAGAACCGACUGAGGACGCAAAUAACGCUGAGUUGGCAAAACAACUCUGGACAGCGUCUGAGAAGGUGGUUAGUAGUGUGUUGGACUGUUUUAUUUGGGAUAGCAUAUUGAUGCCGAUGGGGGGCAUUUUCAAUAUUGGGCAAAAGACAUAGAUGCUUGUUUUUGUAGAUUGCGACUCUAGUUUUCCUGAUAGAUCAUUUUAUUAGACCGUCUAAAUAUGCCUCCAUUAAAACUAGAAUGAAGAGAAAUCUAGCUCAAAGACUUUUAC